CUGUGCCAAAACAAAACCACGCAAACGCAAUGGAGUUGGCGUAAACAUGGCGUUAGUCGGGUAAUUGCUUCAGUGGUUGUGAUGAAAACAAUUCAAUGAGAAGGCAAAUAAAAAUUCAUGCAACUUUAGUUUAUUUAUUUGUUACUGUAUAAUGGAGAUGACUCGGUUAACUCGGUACAGGGAGCGGCAGUGAGCUGUUCGCAAGACCAUGGGGAAGCAGAAUAGUAAACUGAAACCGGAAGUUUUGGAAGAUCUUAAACAGAACACAGAAUUCUCAGACGCUGAGAUUCAAGAAUGGUACAAAGGAUUCCUCAAGGACUGCCCUAGCGGCCACCUUUCCGUCGACGAAUUUAAAAAGAUCUACGGUAACUUUUUUCCUUACGGUGAUGCGAGCAAGUUUGCAGAACAUGUUUUUCGUACAUUUGAUGCGAACGGAGAUGGCACCAUCGAUUUUCGGGAGUUUCUGUGCGCGCUGUCCGUCACCUCUCGAGGAAAACUAGAACAAAAGCUCAAAUGGGCCUUUUCAAUGUACGACCUAGACGGUAAUGGUUAUAUAUCACGGCAAGAGAUGCUCGAAAUAGUCACGGCAAUCUACAAGAUGGUGGGGUCUGUGAUGAAGAUGCCUGAAGACGAGAGUACGCCCGAGAAACGUACCGACAAAAUCUUCCGCCAGAUGGACCGAAACAAGGACGGCAAACUAAGCCUCGAGGAGUUCAUCGAGGGAGCAAAAAGCGAUCCUUCCAUCGUACGACUCCUCCAAUGCGACCCCCAAGCGCAGUAGCCUAAGACCGCAAAGCCGGUCACCAGAGACUCUUUAUCUUAAGUUUUUAUCAACCACUCUUGUGUGAUCGCGGGGUUUCCGCGUCGACAUCCCGGUUAUAUAAUAACUAGAGUUAGAAAAAGAUGGAUGUCUGUCUGGAUUCGUAAGUAAAACAUCACGUUGUUGUGUUUCCAUUUAACCGCGGAUUGUUAUGCUCACCCUCGCAUAGAUUUUAGUGACAGAAUAUUUAAUCCUAAUUUAAUUUAGAAAUAACUUUAAGCAGAACUAUCUACCUACUUAUAUUGAAUUUCAGUGGCGAUCUAUAACUUAUAAUAUUGCAAUUGAUGAUAUCUCAAGUACUCUACUAUCACUAUCCAAAUAUAUCAAUUGAAUGUUACUGUUUUCAAAGUUUUUAUGUGAUUCGAGAAACGUUGAAUGUAGAUGGUAUAUUUUAUUGUAAUAUUCUAAUGUUAUCUCGAUGGUAAUUGGUGCUUAACUGUCGGGCGGACUCGCGACCGAAAUUAGUUUAGAAUUUCAUGCCGAAACAAGCUCAUUGCUGCGAUUUUUCUAAAUUUAAAAUGUAUCUCAAAAACUAAUAUUCAAAUCAGUGUUUGCUGUUAAAUACUGGUUGAGUUCAUUUUUUCAGAAUAUUUCCUUAUAAUUUUAUAAUUAAAAUUGAUUAAUUUUUAAAAAUCAUUAUUAUUUCUCAUGUCAUUCUAAAACAAGGUGCUCAAAUGUUGUCUGUUCCAAAAAUAUGAUAAACAAUGCCGUUAGUCACAAUAAUAAAAUAAAUAAAAAGAGUUUUAAUCUAAACAUAUCUGAAAAUUUGCAUUUGUGUUGUUUUUUUCUAUUUAUUCAGUCUUUAAUUGAAGGUUCAUUGGUGAUUCAAAAAUCACAAAAAUAAGUAAAAAACUUUGUCUAAAAUGGAGAUUUUAAACGAAAUUUUCUCUUUUUGUUACAUGAGAUACUUUUUUUUGGUUAUUUCUUCGUUUUUUUUUUAAAUACUUUGUCAAAGUGUCAAAAAUCUCGGAAUUAAUUCGAAAAUGAUAUUACUUUGUUUGUUACACUUGAAUUUAGUUGGUUUUUGAUGGCAAUUUCGCCAAAAAAAAAUUGGAGACACAAAAUUUGGUAGAAACUUCUAACGUCUAACUUACCUUCUCAGUUUUUUGUGAAAUUUUGUUAAAUUAUUCCGAAAAAUCCCAAAAUUGGAUCAAAAAUGAUUUCUUAGAGUCAAUCGAAAUUUUGUAAAAAAAUAACCCGAAAAAAUUAAUAACUAAAAUUAAGAAAGUUACUAAAUUCUGUUAGAAAUUACACUAUUAUAGCUUUUUUCUUGCGUUUAUUAGCACGUUUUCAAGUUAGUAACAUAUUUUUUUUUUGCAAAAUUUCGGCACAAACAGGCCAAAAAUGUAUCAAAUCAAGCCAAAAAUGAUGUUAAAUUUGCCGUUCUACAGUGUUUAGGCAUGUUUUUGAAAUAAAAACUAAAGUUUUUUCUGGGAUCAAUAGCGACAGAAUUAACCGAAAAAAAAACAUCAUGCUGAGUUAUUUUUAAUGUUUUUUUCUAUUUGUUCGGUUUUUAAUUGAUAAGAUUCAUUGGAGAUCAAAAAUCACAAAAACUUCGUCAAAAAUAAGCAAAAACUUUUGGCUAAAAUGGUGUUUUUAAACGAAAUUUUCGCUUUUUGUUGUGACAUUUUGCUAAAAAACUGUCUUAAAAAUCACUAAAUUAGGACAAUUACCUAAGUUCUGGUGCGUACUUUAUUAAAAUUUUGUUGAAAACAAGCGAAAAUGACGAGAUUAAACCAACCAUUGGUUACUUUUGUCCUUUGAUUGUUUUAACGUUUUUUUUUUGGAAAUAUUUUCUUAAAAUUGUUCGACAUUUUGUUUGUUGCAUUCGAAUUUAGUUGAUUUUUUAACCCAAUUUUGUCAAAAAAUAAACCGAAAAAACAUAUUUUGGGAGAAAAUUGUGUUAUUUUUGCUAUUUUGUGACCGAAAUAUCGCGAAAUUGAACCAAAAAUGACAUUGUUUCCCUUUUUUGAGCACUUCAGCAUAUACGAUUUUUUUUUUCGAAAUUUUAUGAAAAAUAAGAGCUCAAACAUGAACAAAUUCAUUCAAAAAUUGUGGUUAUGUUUAAAAAAAAAAUCACAAAAUUUAGCCGGCAAUUACAUUAUUUUAGCUUUUUCCUGUAUUUUAACAUGUUUGUCAGUUAGAAAUACAAAUAUUUCUCAAAUUGGUUAAAAGCAAGCUGAAAAUGUAUUAUAUUAUGCCAAAAAUAUUGAUAAACUUGCUUUUUUACAUUUUUGAACACCAAGUGUUUUCGGAUAUUUUCGCCAAACAAAAAACUUGGUCGAAAAUAGUGUUUUUUUAAACAAAAUUUUCUGUUUUUGUUUGGGAUUUUGUUAAAAUUUACCAAAUUAAGGCAAUAAUUACAUUGUGACAAUUAUUUUGCAAAACUUUGUUUAAUACAUCCAAAAAUGAGCCGAUAACAUGUUUUUAUUUUUACAUAUUCAAGCAAGUUUUAAUUUUUUUUUAGAAAAUUUUUGUCAAAAUUGUCCUAGAAAUUAGUUCUUUAUCCAAUAAAAAAUAAAUCGAAUGUGAUGUUGUUUUACUCAAUACAUUUUCGAUGAAUUUUCUUUUUAUCUCGAGCUCAUUACUCAAAUAUUAAAAAAACUAUUAGAAAAAUUUUCGUUUCCCUCCAAGAAAUUGAUCUAAAAAAAAAAUUUUCAAGAUCAUAUAAUACGAAAAAAAGCAUAAACUUACAACUUUUGGACAUUUCAUUAAAAAGGCGCAAAACCCCGUUUCUAAAUAUUUAUUAAAUUUUUAAAAUUGUUAUUUAUUUUAGAAUGGCACCAGAAAUAAUAAUUAAUUAGUGGAUAAUCUAAGAUUUUUAGAUAUUUUAAUAUAAGUAAUUGUAGAACAAUGCGUAGAGAAAAAAAUCAAGUAUUUAACAAGAAACGCUGAUUUUUGUAUAAUUUUGAUUAAAUAAUUGUGCUUUCCAACAAAGCACUUUGUAAUAAUGUGUAAAAUAAAAGAAUUUCACCAGUUUUUUUAAUGCUCUUUGUAGUUUUUAAUUUUUUAUACUUUCUAUAGUAGGUGUUAAAGUUCUUCGUUUGAUUAAAAACAAAAGAUGAAGUGAAAUGCGUGUAAUUUUUUAUACGUUUCCAACAAUUCUCAAAUUUAUAAAAAGCCAGAUUUUGGCGUGAAAUUAUUAAGUACUCUCUUUAGGUCGAUGAUUUCCGCCCGUUUUCACCUGCCGCGUUAUUACUACGAAUCUCGUUCCAAUUAUUUAUACAUCUCGUUCUGCACUACUUACUUUGACUUGAAUUGGAUGUGUUCGAGAAUAAAAUUAUGAUAUACCAUAGAUAUUACUAUUGAUAGAGUCAUGCGUCAAAUUGAGGCCUAACAAAACCAUUAUACUGCAAUAGUUCUAGUCGUCUGUUAUGACAGUUAGUUUUGUACUGCGGUCCGUCCAAGGGCCGUCGCACAAACCAAGUGCAAGCACACGAACAUGUCUUGAUCUUCCCAUGUCUUGCGCGAUUGUGGUUUUGAUUAUCAAUACUACUUGUCUAAUACAUGUAAUAUCAAAAUAAAUUUGCUGAUGCAUUAAUCAA